AGUUGGUCUUUUGUUUAAAUAUAGACAUGACAUUGAACAUUGAACAUUGAGCUAUCAAUCAUAUUUAGACGUGUCAGGUAUUUAGUUGAGUAUAAACAUGGAGUUCACACUCGAUUCAAUACUUCCUAUCGGAUAGGAAACCGUAAAGGCCGAUGCUAAGCGAAGCGCACUUUGGGGAGCUGAGUAGGCAGGGGUUCACUGUGGUGGAGGAUGUGCUCAAUGCCGGAGAGUGCGAUGCUGCGAUUAUUCAGUACAGAGCCUGGCUGUCGCAGUUUCGGACGGGCGAAUGGCCGCACAGCACACACUCGCUUAUUCAGCGCUACAACACUGGGCAUAUGCAGCCAACAUGGAACGUCCGAAUGAAAUCCAAGAAAGUUUUUGCUCAGUUAUGGAACACGGAUAAAUUACUUUCAAGUUUCGAUGCGAUCGCCAUCGGACGUCCGCCAGAAGAUGGCGUGGAAGAAUUUCACGUGCCGGGGACUCACUGGCUGCACGUUGACCAGAGUGCAGCACGUGUCGGUCUCCAUGCCUACCAGGGAGCCGUGUACCUUGAGGAGGCGGCGGAGGACGACUGGACACUCUUAGUGCUGCAGGGAUCGCACCUGCUCCUAGAAGACUUCUACAAUAACAACCCUCGCGCACGAAUACGCUCGAUAACUAACAAUUUUUAUUCGUUUCUAAAGGAGGAGAUAGUUGCUAUGAAACAAAAGGGAUGUAUUGAAAAACGCGUCCCAGUUCCAAAAGGCGGUAUGGUACUCUGGGAUUCAAGACUUAUACAUGCAAACACUCGCCCAGUGCAGGGUCGCAAACACACAGGUAGGUGGCGUUUCUGUGUCUUUGUUUCCAUGACGCCUGCUAUUUGGGCCACUGCAAACGAUUUUCGAGAUAAACAAGAAGCCUAUGAAAGUAUUUCAAUGACCACGCAUUGGUCUUCCCAAGGAAUUCGCUUCUUCAACACACAUAUCCCUUCAUACACCAAACAGGAUGUAGAGUACCCUAAAGAACUGCCGGAUAUAGCAAAAACCAGAGAAGCUAAACUAAUUUCUGGUGUAAUUCGCUUUGACUUUACGGAUGGGAAACCCAACGGCAAUGAGUUCCGACCACAGUGGUACAAGCCCCGUGCUCGGUUCACCUUUGAUGGAGCAGCGAAGAUUGUGGGCUGUACGGCAGCCGUUCUUGCAUUGACACUCGUGGCUCUACUGGUUUACAGGGGCAGAAGACAAUGAGCUCAGCGACUGGCGCCUCUCUCGCAUAACAAACGCCACACGACGACGAAAGUGUUGUUUACAUUAUAAUUACAGUUUCUAUUGUAUGUAUGAUUCACCUUCCUGAGUGAGCGCAUCCGUAUUGGUAACUUCGUUAUGGUUGUGUGUGUCGUUUAGUUUCUUUUGUUGAUGUAUUAAUUUUAAUACAUGAAUUCAAUGUUAUAAGUUGUGUGCUAACAUAAAACUGUAUAUGCAG